UUUUCCACUUCACACAAAGGGAACUUCCAUUUUUAUCAACCUCAUCACCCUACAAAAGGACCACCCCUUCCCUUCUCAUCUUGUGCUACAAUUUCUUAACCACUUUGUUAAAGUACCUUUUUCCUUAAAGGAUCUUAUCAAAAUGAGAGAAAUCCUCCACGUUCAAGCGGGUCAAUGUGGCAACCAAAUUGGAGGCAAGUUUUGGGAGGUGAUGUGCGAUGAACAUGGAAUUGAUGCCACUGGAAAUUACGUGGGAAAUUCUCAUCUUCAACUCGAGAGGGUUAAUGUGUAUUACAAUGAAGCAAGUGGUGGAAGGUAUGUUCCUCGAGCUGUGCUUAUGGACCUCGAACCAGGGACCAUGGACAGCUUGCGUUCUGGUCCUUAUGGAAAAAUAUUCAGGCCUGAUAACUUCGUGUUUGGCCAAAAUGGAGCUGGAAACAACUGGGCCAAAGGCCAUUAUACUGAGGGAGCAGAGCUUAUUGAUUCUGUUCUUGAUGUUGUUCGGAAAGAAGCUGAGAACUGCGACUGCUUGCAAGGGUUCCAAAUUUGUCACUCACUGGGAGGUGGAACUGGGUCUGGAAUGGGUACUUUGCUUAUCUCAAAGAUCAGAGAAGAGUAUCCAGAUAGGAUGAUGCUGACUUUCUCAGUGUUCCCGUCCCCUAAGGUCUCCGACACAGUGGUUGAACCAUACAAUGCAACUCUCUCAGUUCAUCAACUUGUCGAGAAUGCAGAUGAAUGCAUGGUCCUGGAUAAUGAAGCACUCUAUGAUAUCUGCUUCCGAACGCUCAAGCUCACAAACCCAAGUUUUGGUGAUCUGAACCAUUUGAUCUCAACAACAAUGAGCGGAGUGACGUGCUGCCUGAGGUUCCCGGGGCAGCUGAACUCGGACCUGAGGAAGCUGGCGGUGAACCUGAUACCAUUUCCGAGGCUGCACUUCUUCAUGGUGGGUUUCGCGCCGCUAACGUCGCGGGGGUCGCAGCAGUACAGAGCCCUAACGAUCCCGGAGCUGACGCAGCAAAUGUGGGACGCCAGAAACAUGAUGUGCGCGGCGGACCCACGGCACGGGCGGUACCUGACGGCGUCGGCGAUGUUCCGGGGGAAGAUGAGCACGAAGGAGGUGGACGAGCAGAUGAUAAACGUGCAGAACAAGAACUCGUCGUACUUCGUGGAGUGGAUUCCGAACAACGUGAAGUCGAGCGUGUGCGACAUCCCGCCGACGGGGCUGUCGAUGUCGUCGACGUUCAUGGGGAACUCCACGUCGAUCCAGGAGAUGUUCCGGCGCGUGUCGGAGCAGUUCACGGUGAUGUUCAAGAGGAAGGCGUUCUUGCACUGGUACACUGCGGAGGGCAUGGACGAGAUGGAGUUCACGGAGGCUGAGAGUAACAUGAAUGACUUGGUCGCUGAGUACCAGCAGUAUCAGGAUGCUGCGGCUCUCCAAGUGCCAGAGGAAGAAGAUGAUGAUGAUGAUGAAGAACAACCCAUGCCUGCAUCUGCAUGACACUUCUUCUUUCUAUAAUCUAUAUAUAUCUCUCCAAAUACUUUUAAGGAUUUUCUUUUCCUCCUUUUCUUUUCUUUCAUAUGGAAUUUCUCCACCUAUGUAUGUCAUACGCUGUUAAUUACGUUUACAUUUCUUUUAUAA